AUGGCUAAGCCAUGGCUAUAUGCAGUCAACAUCCAAGAGGACACAGAGCAUGAACAUGCAUGCAUAGAUGACAAAGUAGAGAUGGUUGCCCCUGAAAAUACAGAGUCAGCAGGACCCAACAAACUUAUCAAUACCUUUGAGACAUACUCAGAGGUAGAUGAGGAAGAUGAGCCAGUGGCAUAUUUUGGUGCAAUGGACCCUGAAGAUGAACCUCUUGAGGAAGAAGUGGUCUAUUGUGCAUCAAUACAUGCAGAAGUUCUGGAAGGGCAGAUGCCCUCUGAGGGUGAUGCCCCAAUGCAAGAGGAUGAUCCUCUGAUACAAGAAGACAGUCCUGGUAAUAAUGUUCCAUGA